AUGGGAAACAUACUCAUAAUCACCAUUACCUGGGCUGACCAUCACCUCCAGACACCCAUGUACUUCUUCCUCAGCAGUUUCUCCUUUUCUGAAUGCUGUUUUAUAACCACUGUUAUUCCAAAAUUGCUGGCUAUCUUUCUGGUAGGGAGGCAAUCAAUUUACUUUGCUGCCUGCUUCACACAAGACUUUAUCUUUCUUUUCCUGGGAAUAACUGUUUUCUUCCUUAUGGCUAUAUUAUCCCUAGAUCGUUACUUGGCCAUUUGCAAACCUCUGUAUUACCCAACCAUCAUGAACCCAAAGAUGUGUUUCCUUCUGGUCAUUGCCUGUUUAGCUUUGGGAUUCAUCCUUAUGGUGGUUCCAGUUGUAAUGUUUUCCCAUUCAUCCUUCUGUGGUUCCCAUAUCAUACCUCACUUCUUCUGUAAUUUUGGGCCCCUGGUUUAUCUCUCCUGUUCUGAUACCAGAUAUACUGAGAUGUUGGCCUUUGUCCUUGAUUUGUUUAUCCUUUUGACAUCCCUUAUCAUAACCAUCAUUACCUACAGCAACAUAGUAAUCACAAUUGUGCAACUCCCAUCAGCCAAGGAGAAAAAGAAAGCUUUCUCCACCUGCUCCUCUCACCUCAUAGUCCUCUCUCUGAUGUAUGGCAGCUGUGUCUUUAUAUAUAUGAAACCAAAGCAAACGAAAGGGCUGGACUCCAACAGAGAGGCUACCCUUGUGAACAUGGUGGUAACCACACUGCUCAACCCUGUCAUCUCUACUCUGCAGAACAAGCAGGUCCACUAG